GAUAUUUUAAGAAACAACAGAAAAUAAUAUGUAAUGGAAUAGAAUUCCUGUCAAAUGCACCCUUACAAGACAUUUUGGAAGAAAUGUCUUGGCUUACUUAGCGCACUGCUGUGGCCUACAGCAAUCCCACUGGAGUCUCUGGAACUUUUCCUGACAAUGUUCACUGUAAGUAAUAUCUGGAGUGUGAAGGUUUUUCAGUCAUCAUUGUAUUUGUGCUGUACCUCUGGUAUGGGCCCCUAACUAGUCUCACUGAGAUGAUAUUAAGAAAGAAAUGGCAGUAAAAGAUGAGGUCUUCAGGGGCUGACAGUGUUAGAGCCUCAAAGAAAGUACCACAUAGGCUCCCACCAUGACUGGUGGAAGAGAUUGAGCACAGUAUCAAAAAUUCAAGUGCUUAACUUCAAGACUUUCUCUGAUAAUGCUGAUUUCUGGAUUAGGAAUAUUUGUUUUAUGAUUAAUGCCUUUUAGGCUGUGAUCUGUAUUUUAUUCCAGAAAAAAGGGGCUAAAUAUGAUCAGAUGGAUAAUGGAUAUUAGUUGUUUGUUGGCUAAUGGAUAAUAUUGGAUAAUGUAUAUGGUUGUUUGUUUUCAUUAUGUGAAAUUCCAUUUGAUUUUAAAAGCUGGACUUGGAAAUAUUUUGAUUCUACUGCCACAUAAUUGUAUGCAAUGCUCUGUAAACAUUAAAAGUUUAAAUGCAGUAUUUACCCUUUUGAUGCAGAAUUUACCCUUUUGAUUAAAACUUUGAGAUAUAGUUAAGUUUCCAUGGGACAGACUUUUGAGUUUUUCCUUUUUUUUUUUUAAUUGAACAAAGGUGCAUAAGUAUAAAAACACUGAAAAAGCCUUUAAAUAAGUUGCUAACACUGUUGGCUUGACAGUUAGAAAUCUGAGUUAGGAUAGGGUGGGUUUUAUACUGUUCUCAUGUGAGAGUUUCAUUUCUCUUUAGUUGGCAUUGAUUUUUUUUUGUUCUCUUGGGUUCUGUUUUAACACAAACUUCCCCUUUAGCUAGGGUUAUUAUUAAACAAAGAUGAUUGAAGUCACUUUAUUUCUUUUUAGUAAGGUAGAAGGAGAUACGAAUUUUAUGCCUUACCUCAAAAAAUCGCUGUGAAAUUGGCUGAAAUACAAUUUUUGUUCUAUGUGUACAUGUAGUAACUACAGAAGGACUUUAGAGGUAAAGGAGUCACAGCACAACAGCACACUUGAAGAAGAUUCUGAAGGGGAUAAUGAUUCUGAGGAAUUUUAUUAUGGAGGACAGGUUAGCUAUGAUGGAGAACUUCACAAGCACCCACAGUUGGAAGCUGAUUUGACAGCAGUGAGAGAGAUCUAUGGACCUAAUGCAGUAUCUCUCAGGGAAUAUGGAGCCAUUGAUGAUGUAGAUAUUGAUCUGCAUAUUGAUGUUAGCUUUCUUGAUGAAGAGAUUGCUGUGGCUUGGGAUGUAAUUCGCACAGAGCCCAUAGUAGUGCGACUGCACUGUUCGCUUACACAGUACUUAAAUGGCCCAGUGCCAACUGUGGAUGUAUUUCAGAUUUCUACUAAGGAAAGAUUUGGGCUGGGACAUCAGCUGAAAAAAAUCAUGCAGACAUUUGUAACACAACAGUGGAAGAACAGCAAAGAGAAAUCUAAUUGUACGCACAAUAAGAAGUUGUCUGACAAAAAGGUGAAAUCUCCUCUGCACAUCUUUUCUACAUUGCGCAGGUCGCCGAGUUAUCCUCCACCUGGCUGUGGUAAAAAUAAAUCAAAACUGAAGUCAGAACAGGAUGGCAUCUCCAAAACUCACAAGCUGCUGAGGAGGACUUGCUCUAGCACAGUUAAGGCAGAGGAUGUGUGUGCCACAAAAUCUCACAGAACCUUUGGCCGCUCGUUGUCUAGUGACCCUAGGGCUGAACAGACAAUGGCUAUUAAAUCACACAAACUGUUGAACCGUUCUUGCUCUGCAGCUGUCAAGCAGGAAGAGUGCAUCACUUUAAAGUCCCAUAAGUUAUUAAGUAGGUCAUGUUCUGGGGAUCCUCGAUGUGAGCACAACAGCACCUUGAAGCCCCAUAAACUUUUAAGUAGGUCUUACUCUAGUAAUCUUAGAAUGGAAGAAUUGGAUGGAUUGAAGAAUCAGAAGUUACUCAGCAAGACCUACUCCAAUGCCCCUAAAUCAUCCAAAAUGGAGCCUUUCAAGGAGUCCAACAUAGCAGAGGGCAGGAGGCUCUCUCUUACCUCAGGGCUUAUUGGUAUCUUAACACCAUCUUCAUCAUCACCUUCACAAGCUGCUCAAAAUUAUGGUGCAAAAUGCAUUCCGGUACGAGACCGUGGCUUUCUUGUGCAGACUAUUGAAUUUGCUGAGCAGCGGAUACCAGUAUUGAAUGAAUACUGUGUUGUUUGUGAUGAGCCCCAUGUGUUCCAGAAUGGCCCUAUGCUGAGGCCCACCGUUUGUGAACGGGAGCUCUGUGUAUUUGCUUUCCAAACAUUAGGAGUGAUGAACGAAGCUGCUGAUGAAAUUGCAACUGGGGCUCAGGUGGUUGAUCUGUUAGUAUCCAUGUGUCGGUCUGCAUUAGAGUCACCUAGGAAAGUUGUCAUUUUUGAGCCAUAUCCUUCUGUAGUUGAUCCUAAUGAUCCUCAGAUGCUGGCCUUUAACCCCAGGAAGAAGAAUUAUGACCGAGUCAUGAAAGCAUUGGAUAGUAUCACUUCUAUUAGAGAGAUGACACAGGCACCUUACUUGGAAAUAAAGAAGCAGAUGGAUAAACAAGACCCACUUGCACAUCCUCUUCUACAAUGGGUUAUUUCUAGUAACAGAUCACACAUUGUGAAGCUUCCAGUGAAUAGGCAACUAAAGUUUAUGCACACUCCCCACCAGUUCCUACUUCUCAGCAGUCCACCAGCCAAAGAAUCCAAUUUCCGAGCUGCUAAAAACCUUUACGGAAGUACCUUUGCAUUUCAUGGUUCACACAUUGAAAAUUGGCAUUCCAUCCUGAGGAACGGCUUGGUUGUUGCUUCCAAUACGAGGCUUCAGCUCCAUGGUGCAAUGUUUGGAAGUGGAAUCUACCUUAGUCCAUUGUCAAGCAUAUCAUUUGGUUACUCAGGGAUGAACAAGAAGCAGCAGAAGGUGUCAGCUAAAGAUGAACCAGCUUCAAGCAGUAAGGGCAGUAACACAUCACAGUCACAGAAGAAAGGACAACAGUCACAAUUUUUGCAAAGCCGUAACUUAAAAUGCAUAGCCUUAUGUGAAGUGAUAACCUCAUCUGAUCUGCACAAACAUGGGGAGAUAUGGGUAGUUCCCAAUACAGAUCACGUGUGUACAAGAUUUUUCUUUGUUUACGAAGAUGGUCAAGUGGGUGAUACAAGUAUAAAUACACAGGAACCAAGCAUUCAUAAAGAGAUUCUUCGAGUCAUUGGCAAUCAAACUGCUACUGGUUAAAAGGACCACUGUUAUUUAAUUGAUGUGAUUUGGAAGCCUUCCUCAGUCUCAAAGCUGGAUUUUGAACUGAAGAAGAUGCAAAAAACUAAUUUAUUAUUAUUAUAAGCAAGUUAACCCUUUGAAUACUUACUGUUUUCUUACUUAGUAUUUCUUAUCUCAUCAAAAUACCUGAGAUGGUAUGAAUUAGCAACUGUAGGGUGCAAAGUCUAUUAAUAUACUACAACUAAUAAUAAUUAAACAGGCAUUUGGGUUGCUCACAAUAAACAGAAUUUAAAAAAGGAGUUUUGUGCUGAUAUUUUUAUAUUAAACUCUUCAAUUGGAGGUUUUAGUACUGUACACUGGUAUUUUAAAUUUAGAAUGAGAGAAUUAUAAGCAAGAGAGAAGAUUUUAUAGCGGAGAACCUGUGUUAUACAGGAUACUUUGCAAUAAGUAAAAUAUUCUCAUAUUUAAACACAAUAAAAGGUUGUCUGGAACAUGUCAAAUUAAAGAGAUUGGUUACCUGCAGCUAUCUUUGAUUCAUUUUAUUUUACACAGGUGUAGCCAGGAUUUAGAGUCAAAAGGUUAAAACAACAAUACAUUUUUGACGUAAUGAAUGAAACAAAGUAAAGCAAUGACUCUAAUGGUGUAUGUUUAGUUUUUUUAUCCUCUCUGGAAAUACUCUUAUCCGUUAAGCGUCUCAAUUAUAUUUUUUAAUUAAACAAGAUUAGCAAACACCUGGAAA